CCUGUGCCGCUGACGUCCCGAGCUGUGCUGGGAAGUAUAGGCUGUGUUGUCACGCCGGUGUCAGUCUGAUGAAGAUUGGCAUCAGGUGAAGUCUGGAGCAGGACUCUGAGGCUUUCUGUCCCCCAUGUGGUUCACUAGAAAAGGGGCUGUGAACUGUACUCAGGCUGUAGCUGCCAGGAAGCAAUUCUAGCCCAGCUGGAAGUAAGAAGAGGGGAGUGAGCCUCCUGAAGACCAUCCCACGGGCCUGGAUCACCCAACAAUCCUCGAUGUGAAUCAAUCCCAUGAUGCAACAUGCCUCCCCAGCCCCAGCUCUGACAAUGAUGGCCACGCAGAAUGUCCCUCCCCCACCCUACCAGGACAGCCCACAGAUGACGGCGACUUCCCAGCCACCCUCCAAGGCCCAGGCUGUCCACAUCUCUGCACCAUCAGCUACCGCCAGCACACCUGUGCCCAGUGCCCCCAUUGACCCCCAGGCCCAGCUGGAAGCUGACAAGAGAGCUGUGUACAGGCACCCUCUUUUCCCGCUCCUGACGCUGCUGUUUGAGAAAUGUGAACAGGCCACCCAGGGCUCUGAGUGCAUCACCUCCGCCGGCUUUGAUGUGGACAUCGAGAACUUUGUCCACCAGCAGGAGCAGGAGCACAAACCCUUCUUCAGCGAUGACCCAGAACUGGACAAUCUGAUGGUGAAGGCAAUCCAGGUGCUGAGGAUCCACCUGCUGGAGUUGGAGAAAGUCAAUGAACUCUGCAAGGACUUUUGCAACCGUUAUAUCACCUGCCUCAAAACCAAGAUGCACAGUGAUAACUUGCUCAGGAAUGACCUCGGGGGACCCUACUCCCCCAACCAGCCCUCUAUAAACCUUCACUCACAGGACCUCCUGCAGAAUUCCCCCAAUUCCAUGUCUGGAGUCUCCAAUAACCCCCAGGGGAUUGUGGUCCCAGCCUCAGCGCUUCAGCAGGGCAACAUCGCCAUGACAACCGUCAACUCACAAGUUGUGUCAGGUGGAGCCUUAUACCAACCGGUUACCAUGGUAACCUCCCAGGGUCAGGUGGUCACCCAAGCAAUCCCCCAGGGAGCCAUCCAGAUCCAGAACACACAGGUUAACCUUGACCUCACCUCCCUCCUGGACAAUGAGGAUAAGAAGUCCAAGAACAAACGAGGAGUCUUGCCCAAGCAUGCCACCAAUAUAAUGCGUUCUUGGCUCUUCCAACAUCUCAUGCACCCCUACCCCACGGAGGAUGAGAAGAGACAGAUCGCAGCCCAGACAAACCUCACACUCCUUCAAGUAAACAACUGGUUCAUCAAUGCCCGGAGGCGCAUCCUACAGCCCAUGCUCGAUGCCAGCAACCCAGACCCUGCCCCCAAAGCCAAGAAGAUCAAGUCUCAGCACCGGCCCACCCAAAGAUUCUGGCCCAACUCCAUCGCCGCAGGGGUGCUACAGCAGCAGGGUGGCACCCCAGGGACAAACCCUGAUGGUUCCAUCAACUUGGACAACCUGCAAUCCCUGUCCUCAGACAAUGCCACCAUGGCUAUGCAGCAGGCUAUGAUGGCUGCACACGAUGACUCACUGGAUGGAACAGAAGAAGAGGAUGAGGAUGAGAUGGAGGAGGAGGAGGAGGAAGAGGAGCUUGAGGAGGAGGCCGAUGAGCUGCAGACGACGAAUGUCAAUGACCUGGGCUUGGAACACAGUGACUCCCUGGAGUAGUCACAGCCCACGUGGUGCUGAUCACCGAGCAACAGAGGAGCAGCAUCAGGAGGGUUCAGGGUUGGGGGAGGGCAUGGGCAGACAGCACCAAGGAAGUUGGGCCCUCACUUCCCCAAAUCAGUAGCUUGAGGAAAUGCAGACGAGAUACCCUGCUCCUUCCCGACCACCAGGCUUCAACAAGCACCCAGCCUGCUUCCCUAGAACUGGAGAGGACUCUAUUGGGGGAGCCAUCAAGCAGCCUCUUUGGAAAGACAGGACUGAGAUCUGGACUUACCAAAUCCCUGAGGACAGAUGGCACCAGUGGAACCUCCAUGGAAGGACUUGAUUGUGUACAAGGCCUGCACUGUGAGGUGGAUUGGUGUUGUUUGCAAAGUGGGCUUUGCCAAGGGACGACUUGGGAGGGAAGGGUGACACAACCCCCCCCCAAGGAUCUCUCCUCCUUUAAGAGACACUCAAGGGCAAGAGGGACCCCAAAAGCACAGUCAGCAGCUGGAGGAGGGGGAGGACCUGAGGCAACAGGUCUUGCAGACCAGACUGGGCCCUGGACUCCAUAGGGCUCCAGCUCAGUUGCAGGGCCUGUCUGUGGGCACACCAACCAUGGACUUGGGAGAGGGGGAAGGGAGCCAGCAGAGCUUCCUUCUCUUUCUCCUGAAAACACAUUGUUAGCUGUUGGGCUCAACCUGUAAGAGGCUAAAGGGGUUCCUCCAUCUGAGUUGGCUCCAGGAGCCAAGGAGGUGGCAGAACCUGAACUGGGAGCCAUAUCAAAGUGACUUUGGAACCACAGCUGUCCCUAGGUGGUCAUAGAACUCAGCUCCUGUAACAACAGGACGAUGAUGUCUUACCCUAGAUAUUCUCACCCUCAAAUGAAGCUCCUCAUGCUCCAGGCCCUCCACAGACCUUCAUGAAGUAGAGCCAGAGUGACUGGAAUCUUCUCACCCUGCAGGCCACCAUGGCUGCUCCCGUGCUCCCAGGCUGACACCAGCAGCCUCCAGCCUCUCUUCUUUUAUUCCAUCAGAGAAGACAGAAGAAACAUGGGAAAGAAGCAGCAGCCAAUGGGGAGCCAGGGUCCGGAGAAGGUGCUGCAUCCUUUUUUCUUCAGUAUCCAAAAUUGCAGAGGGGGAUGGCACUCAAGAGCCUGCCCACCCCACCCAACUCACUGCUCUGCACACCUGCACUAUAUUCAGCGCUGGAGGAACUGGAGCUCCUGGGAGGAGGAGCCUUUCCAUCUGCUCUCACACUUUCUCCCAGCUCGACUUUUGUCCCAGGGCCCCAUCAUGGGCACUUCCUCCUCCUGUUUCCUCCCACCCUAGGCUGUGAAUGACAGGACUGAUCACACGUGUUUCCCAUUGGAUUUAAUUUGACGGACUUGCAGUUUCAUUUGUAAAUUGUGCAUUAGCCAUCUCCUUCAGUGGCAUGAUGUGAGUGGCUACCUGGCUCAGCUGGAGGGGACCUCAGGGCCCUUUGGGGCUUCCCCUCCCCUGCCUGGUUGGGGCGGAGCAAAAGGAUAGUCGCUCUCCUGAGGGCUCCCUGAAAUGAAUGUAUUUCCCCCCCAAAAAGAGCUGAUAUUUAAUGUUUUAAUAGG